AUGGAGUUAGCACCGCCCCCCCAACACCUUCACAGCACCGCCGCCCCAACACCUUCUCUGCACAGCCCCCACCACACCUUCACAGCACCGCCCCCCCAACACCUUCUCUGCACCGCCCCCCCAUCACCUUCACAGCACCGCCGCCCCAACACCUUCUCUGCACUGCCCCCCCAACACCUUCACAGCACCGCCCCCCCAACACCUUCUCUGCACCGCCCCCCCAGCACCUUCUCUGCACCGCCUCCCCAACACCUUCUCUGCACCGCCUCCCCAACACCUUCUCUGCACCACACCCCCACCGUCUCUGCACCUCACCCCCACCUUCUCUGCACCUCACCCCCACCUUCUCUGCACCUCACCCCCACCUUCUCUGCACCACCCCUCGACUUCUCUGCACCACCCCCACCUUCUCUGCACCACCCCCACCUUUUCCGCACCAUCCCCACCUUCUCUGCACCACCCCUCGACUUCUCUGCACCACCUCCACCUUCUCUGUACUACCCCCACCUUCUCUGCACCACCCCUCGACUUCUCUGCACCACCUCCACCUUCUCUGUACUACCCCCACCUUCUCUGCACCACCCCUCGACUUCUCUGCACCACCUCCACCUUCUCUGCACCUCACCCCCACCUUCUCUGCACCUCACCCCCACCUUCUCUGCACCACCCCUCGACUUCUCUGCACCACCCCCACCUUCUCUGCACCACCCCCACCUUUUCCGCACCAUCCCCACCUUCUCUGCACCACCCCUCGACUUCUCUGCACCACCCCCCACCUUCUCUGCACCACCCCCACCUUUUCCGCACCAUCCCCACCUUCUCUGCACCACCCCUCGACUUCUCUGCACCACCCCCACCUUCUCUGCAUCACCCCCAUCUUCUCUGCACCACCCCUCGACUUCUCUGCACCACCCCCCACCUUCUCUGCACCACCCCCACCUUCUCUGCACCACCCCCCACCUUCUCUGCACCACCCCCACCUUCUCUGCACCACCACCACCUUCCCUCAUCUUUUCCUUUUCUAAAUUUGGACGAGGACAUUAA